CCAAUUUUCACAGCCAUGGUGGUUGUCACUCACAUCUCCACUUCCUUCCACCAAAUCUCUCCUUCCUUCUUCCAUCUCCGUCUUCGCAAUCCCGCCUCGUCCCUUCCCAAACGCGGCGGAGGAUACGGUGGUUUCGCUUUAUCAAUUCGAGCUUACAUAGAGAAACCAAACUCCUUCUCAACCUUCGCUAACAAAGUCAUCGGUUCGCUUCCGGUUAUCGGACUCCUCGCUCGGAUUCUCAGCGAUGAAGGUGGCGUUGGAAGAGAUCUCGUCGAUUUCGCUGAGUUUAGGAAACGAGUUGGGAAUAAAUGUACUCCUGAUGAUUCUAGGGCUUUCUAUGAGUUCCAACAGCGACGAGGCAAGGCAGGAGAACCUUUGUAUGUGCUUCUAUGUUGUUGGGCUGCUGCAGUAGGUGCAGGGCUUCUCAAAUCUGAAGAGAUUCUUGAAGGUGUUACGAGAGUUAGCAUUUCGAAUGAUCUCGAGUUUGAAGAACAGAAUUUCAUUGCUUUGAUGACUGAAGCAAGACAGAGAAGGGCAAAGUUGAACAUUGAUGCGCCAAUAAUACCAAUGGAACUAAGAGUCGAAAAGGCUCUUGAAGGUAUUUAUGCUUGUUGCUUUCGGAGAGGACUUAUCGAAGAGGAGGAUGAGAAGCUUCUUCAAGUGAUGCUAAUUGCGGUUUUCCCAUCGGUUGAGAAGUCUGAGAUAGAGAGAAUCAUCAAAGAGAAAGCGACAAGGGUUGCAGAAGGAGGAGAAGAAGAGAAUGUCAUGGCGAAACGGUUGCCUAAAGAAGCUAUUCAAAUGCAGAUGAAGGAUCUUGAGUUCCUUCAACAACAAAACAUAGAAUCUUAACAAUAGAGGUUGAGAUGACCAAACAUGUUUAUUUUUUCAGUCCGGAUUAUAAAAAAAAUGCAAUAACUUUAAGUAUAUUCAUGUUUUGAUUCUAUGUUCAUAAAUUAAAGUAGUCCUU